UCACUCAGGCAGUACAGUAUUUACGAUGCUCGUCAUCGUUGCACACAGGGACGGCUGUCGGACGGACGGGCCCCCUUAGUUUCGCUGUCGGACAGCCCAACAGCGCACUAAACCAAAUCGAUAUCAUAUAUCGUAUAUCCCCGACGACGUUCCCUUGUCUUUUUCCACCACCAAGCCCACCAUGAAACUCGCAGUACUCACUUCGGGCGGCGACAGCGCUGGCAUGAGCGCAGUCGUGCGUGCCGUCGUCAAAGCAGGAAUACUGAGUGGCUGCGAAACCUGGAUCGUACGUGAGGGAUACGAGGGUCUCGUCCGAGGGAACACAGAUACACAGAUACCCCCCACUAUCGAAGAACCCUUUGCCGAUCCUGCCGCUAGACAACGCGUGCGCAGUGGAAAAGCCACCAACCUCGUCGAAAACCUCCGAUUCGGUGAUGGUGAUCUCCUUCGCGAUGGUACAGGCGACCAUGCUAGGGGAAGGACUCUCAAGGGCAGAUAUAUCGUCCGUGCAGGCUGGGACGAUGUCAGGGGCUGGUUUGCAGAGGGCGGCACUCUCAUCGGCACGGCACGCUCAAAGACAUUCCGUACCCCAGCCGGUCGACUCGCAGCAGCCUACAACCUCAUCAGGGAAGGCAUCGACGCACUCGUCGUAUGUGGGGGCGAUGGAUCUCUCACUGGGGCAGACCUCUUCCGCUCAGAAUGGCCCUCCUUCGUCACUACUCUCCACUCCGAGGGUAAAAUCACAGACGAACAACUGUCGAAACAUGGUCAUCUGCGCAUCGUCGGACUCGUCGGCUCGAUCGACAACGACAUGAGCUUGACUGAUCUUACGAUUGGCGCCCCAACAGCAUUGCAUCGGAUCUGCGAAGCGAUCGACAACAUCAAUUCCACCGCGGCAUCUCACUCGAGGGCCUUCGUGCUCGAGGUCAUGGGUAGACACUGUGGGUGGUUGGCCUUGUUGGCAGGCGUGAGUGCUGGUGCAGAUUUCAUUUUCAUCCCCGAGCGACCACCCCAGACAGACUCAUGGGAGGACGAGAUGUGCGACGCCAUUCAAAUGCACCGCGAAGUGGGAAAGCGCAAGACGCUUGUGAUCGUCGCCGAGGGCGCUCACGACAGCAACCUCAAACCCAUCCGUGCAGACUACGUCAGGGACGUCCUUACCGAACGUCUCGGUCUCGAUUCGCGUGUUACUACGCUUGGACAUAUCCAACGUGGUGGACGGCCAUGUGCCUACGAUCGCAUUCUGCCGACUUUGCAAGGUAUAGAAGCUGUCAAGGCGGUUCUCGAGGCUACCCCAGAUACCCCGUCUUACAUGAUUGGCGUGAGCGAGAACAAAAUCACGCGAGUGCCUUUGAUGGAGGCUGUGGCGAUGACACGAGCUGUUGCAGAUGCCAUUGCCGCCAAGGACUUUGCAAAGGCAAUGUCCUUGCGUGAUCCCGAGUUCUUGCAGAGUUUGGAGGGAUUCAUGACCACAUCUCUGCUGUACAAGGAGAAGAUGCUCUCCGAAGAAAAGCGCAUGCGAGUAGCCAUCAUGCACAUCGGUGCGCCCGCAGGAGGCAUGAAUGCCGCUACCCGCGCCGCAGUCCGGUACUGCAUCAAACAAGGACAUACCCCUCUCGCCGUUCACAACGGAUUCAAGGGUCUCCUGGACGACGCCAUCCACGAACUCUCCUGGCUCGGUGUUGACGGCUGGACAUCACGCGGAGGCUCCGAACUCGGUACGAACCGUACCUUGCCUAGCGUCGAUCUCGGUGCCGUCGCAGCCCGUUUCCAGCAACACAACUUCCACGCUCUGAUGCUCAUAGGUGGAUUCGAGGCGUUCAACGCUUUAUUGAUUUUAGAGAACGGAAGGAGCCUGUAUCCAGCGUUUCAUAUCCCGAUGGUGCAUCUCCCCGCGACGAUUUCGAACAAUGUCCCCAUGACCGAGUUCAGUCUUGGAAGUGACACGAGUUUGAAUGCGCUCGUGGAUGCGUGUGAUGCGAUCAAGCAGAGCGCUAGUGCGAGUAGGAAUAGGGUGUUUGUUGUUGAAACCCAGGGUGGACAGUGCGGGUAUAUUGCGACGAUGGGUGCGUUGGCGCGUCAGCUCGUGUAUACACCUGAGCAGGGGAUGGAUCUCGAUAUGCUACGUGCGGAUGACGCCAAGGGCAAGAGCGAGGGACGUCUAGUCAUUCGGUCAUUUCUCCCCACCAAGAAACGAACUGCGCCUCCUGAAGACAUGUUCCGUGUAGAAGGCGGCGGCCUCUUCGACUCGCGUUUCGCCUCGCUCGGACACAUCCUCCAAGGCGGAGUACCCACCCCAAUGGACCGCGCCCGCGCCGCCCGUCUCUCCUUACGAUGCAUGGCAUUCCUCGAGGAAUAUCAUCAAUCUCUUCUCGCUCAACCACUUAAAUCGCGAUGUGCUCCCCCUGAGAGUGCAGCUGUGAUCACGAUUCAGAGAUCAGCACUGAAGUGGGUACCUGUGACGGAAAUGGUGAAGCAUGCCGAUAUGAAGAAUAGGAGGGGGAAGGAGGUGUGGUGGGAGUCUGUCAAGGUUUGGGUGGAGGCGUUGUCUGGAAGAUCGGAGUUAGGCCAAGUGUAUGUCGUCUCGGGAAGUAACCCUUCUGACUACUUGUCUCUGCGGCCGAAACCACCUUAACUUAGCCCAUUAGUUAGGGCCUUCGAACUCAUCGGCAGAAAUCUUGUUUAUAAAAGAACUGGUCGACAUGUACAUUUGAUGAUGUUUGUUGCCAAGUAUGACGGUGGAUCCGAAUACAAGGGGCUUGCUGGCAGCUAUGUCCAUACUUAUCAGCGCAGCGUGUAUGGGUAUCACGUAUACCUCUGGAUGGCCGGGAACCGAGAGCUCACACACCAAAGAAACUUGCAGGUACCGUUCAUCAAGUCCAGCCCUAUACAUGGAUAUAGCUUUACAUAGCUUUACAACGUUUAUAUAAAGCAGUGACAAAGGUGAACCAAAGCAAGGCCAAUGGAAAAUCAAGGAAU